UUCAGUGUAAUUAGUAGCCUCGAUCCCAGGCCGCACUUAGUAUUGCACCAUCCUAGCCUCUAUUCCAGGCCGCACUGACCUGAAAACAUUCUGGUGUGCCAGACAAGUUGCAUGAGCACUUUCUACUGGGAAGAGAGAAAAUACGGGUACCGGGUGACCAUGAGUACGAGUACGAGUGUGAGGAUGGUGCAGUCGUGGGGUGUGGCUUCAGCCAGACACACCUCCGCUACUCUCGUCUAUGCUCACCAUGGCAACGAUGACUCGGAAUACCUCUUUGAUGUCCCUAUUGGUCCGUUCAUCACCCGGUGGGAUAUACGUACUGGCGAGAGGAGCUCCACCUUUCAAGCACACUCUGAUGCUGUGACGAGCAUGCGACUGUCACCUGACCAUGAGUGGGUGGCCACGGCCUGCUACAGUGGAGGCGUGAAGUUGUGGGACCCCCAGUGGAGCUGUGUGGAUGAAACCAAAGCUCCGAUAGGAUGUCAGCAUCAUCUCGCCUGGUCACAUGACAGCAAGAGAUUCAUUGUCAUCGGUAUUGGACCAAACUCUUCCAUUGUCAUGUACGAUAUAAUCACCUCCACUAACGAGGGAGGACCCCCCACCGCUAAACUGCAGCUGGCCUGGCAAGUGAAGGCCGGUCAAACGGACCCCCCACAAAAAACCACUAGCAAUAGCCCUGAGGCAACUAAAGAUGAUCAGUAUGUGAACGCAUUCUAUAUGGGAGAGAUAACGUCGACUGGCUAUGUACUAGCUGUGAAAGAACAAACGGAUAGAGCUACAACCAUGCAGCUGUUUGAUGGAGAGGGGAGGCUGCUCAAGAUGUCCUCACUGCCCCCCGUGAAGAGUGGGGGUGUGAGGGUGGAGACACUGUAUAUGUCCGAGUCCUACAACGGUUGCUAUGCGUUGGGUGUGCAGGGAGGGAGAGUGUUGAUUGUCAGGGACGACCUCACUGUGACUGCUACCAUCAAUGUGGGAGUGACCAGUCGUACGUGUGUGUGGGACGAGGCAUGUCUGGUGCUGCCCACGGACUCUGGGUCUCUCGUAUGGUGGUCGACAGAAGGGUCGAAGGUCAAAGAGGUGAAGAUCGGGUCACCUGACAUCAUAGUCCGACUUGAUUGGUCGGUUUCACGCACGUCUCUCUGGGUGUGUGGAUUCAGUGCGUUGAGGCUGCUCAAAGUUGAUAGAGAUGAGCAAGGUGUUGUAAGUGAAGUAGCUACAAGUCAUGUGGUCAACUCUCAUGAGAUAUCCUGCUGUGGCGUUGACUUCAGUCCGAGUGGGAGGAGCUUAGCAUCAGGUGACCUGGUCGGCAAUGUGUGGGUGACGGAGGGUACAGAGGUCAAGACAGCAUUCAAGUGCAAUGUGGGCGGAUCGGUGAGGUGUCUGGUGUGGAGGUGUGAGGACGUGAUCAUCGUGGGGGGUCUCGAUGGUCAGGUGACCCAAUGCCAGGUGGGCGGGGCCUGCAAGUCACUCAUACAACUGGAGGGCAGUGUCAUCACCAUGAAACUGAACAACUCUCGACAGUUGUUAGCUAUUGGUACAAGCAAAGGCAUGUUGGAAGUGUACAAUUGCUCGGAAGAUAUUUUAAAGGUAGUUUCCAAGGUGCUGGCCCACCCUCCCAAACAAGGCCCUCAGGAUAAAAGAUUUGGACAACUGACUAAACAAGCAGAGGUGUGGAGUGUGUGCUGGAGUCCUGGCAACGAGAGAUUGGCCACCUGCUCAGAAGACCAGACAACUAAAGUGUGGGACACCUCCGACUGGAAAUGCAUUACGACCCUCACGGGGCACACUAUGGCUGUGACGAGUGUAGCUUGGAAAGACGCGGGGGUGUUGUCGCUAAUAGCAACCUGUUCAGACGAUAGGACAGUUCGAUUGAGUGAUGGAGAGUCCUACCAGCUGCUGCGAGUGCUCAACACCAUGGAGAUCUACGGCUGGCACACCCUCACUUAUCUCACCUUCCAUCCAGCCAAGGACUCUCCACUCCUCCUCUGUACGACACAGAAUGGUCAUGUGGUUGUGUGGGACGUCCUCUCAGGUCAGGGGGUGGUCCGGGGGAAGAUCCACCUCGGCUCCAUCGAGGGUCUCGUCUGGUGUGAGGGGAGGUGUGGUGCGUGGGCGGUUACUGUGGGGGCGGACUGUGUAGUGAACAUGUUUAGUAUAGACUGUUAGAAAUCUUAAUCAUCAAUGUGUGCGUUUUAUUUUUUUAACUGCUGCGAAUUUUGCUCAGCUAUAUACA